AUGGCUUUGGUCAGCACUUUCCAGAGUCACCUUGAAGUGCGCGCACUGGCGCAAUUCGACAGUUUGGUGGAGAAGGGUGAGAUUAUUUGGGAGCCCACCGAGGAGAUCAAAGUCGAGCAGCAGCCCUUUAACGUUUUUUUCCGCAUCUCCCCAAUCACUGCUGUCAAGCCAUUCAAUCCCAAUGAUAAAUCCCGGAAGCCGGGCUUCCUGGACGAUGACCCAGAAUUUACACUGAGUAAAGUGGCGCCAAAUCACAAACUGAUCCUCAACAAGUAUUGCUGGCUACGUCCACAGAUGAUACUGCAUACCGUUGAUUUCCAGAGUCAACGGGACAGUCUCACCGCAGACGACAUUGAGGCAUCAGCUAGCGUGUUGCAUCAGCUCGGAGAACGGUACAUGGUCAUCUUUAACGGUGGACCUGACGCCGGAAGCAGUGUCGCGCACAAGCAUUUGCAGGUCUUCCCGAGACCGGAGUGGGAGACCGUUGCAGACAAAAUUGCCAAAGAUUCCUCAAAAUCCCCCUUGCCGUUCCGGUAUGGCUUAAAGAUGCUGGCCACUGACACGACCGCUGCGGGUAUAUAUGAUCACUAUGUGGAGCUUUGCAGGGAGUUGUCUAUAUCUUCUGGCCGGGCCCAUAGUAUGCUUCUUGUCAGAGAUUGGCUAAUGGUCAUUCCACGUGCAUGUGCAACCAUUCAUGGACAUAUCGCUGACGCUCCUAUGCAAGGUGGCGCAAACGCCAUGAUUGGCAUGCUCUGGCUCAAGUCAACAGAACAGUUCCAAAACUGGCAAGAGUACGGUCCUAUACGGGUCUUGACCGAAUUUGGUUCGCCAAAGCAAGAGUCAGCAUGAGUAGUUCCACCAAGGCUACAUUAGCAUAGUCACAAAGCUAUCACUGCAAGAUUAGCAAUACGAUUGGACAAUAAUUAGACGGAGUUUCAAUGUUUCCUGGUUCUGGUUUGUGACAUUAGUGCCUGCUAUAUGAGAUCACGUUCGAGUGGCUUCCUACCCAUGUCUCGGAAAACAACCCAGAUAUGUAGCAUGGUGAAAAGGGAUUUUAUCAUGAAUGACAAUAUUUAAAUGCUGGCAUAGUUGCUUCCAACAUAGGUACGCACCGAAACAGUCUUGUG